AUGAACAUCUUACCUGAACGCUUUGUUCUUAUAAUUUUGGCUAUAUUUUUCCAAAGACAAAUAUUCCGAGUAAGAAAUAACCAUAGUCUACGAAGGGAAGCGAUUAACGAUAUCGGUUAUGGAUUAUCCAAGGCAGAGAAAGCAGAACUUUAUCAUGGGAUUGAAGUAGUUCGACAAUUUCAACUUCUUAGAGCUCCUAAGUUCACUGAAAUAGGGAGCAUGGCCGAACAUGCGAAUGCCCCUUAUAUUAAUCGAAUGAUUGCUUUAGACGAAUUGCGUGAAAUAGAUCGGCAAUUAGAAUUUAUAAAUCCUGAUUUGGCAAGAAUUGCGGGUGAAUCUACUUAUUGUUAUCUUUCACGAAUUCGGCGGUUGGCUCUGCCAGGCCUUUCAGAAAAAUUAGUUGAACGAAUUGGGUUCUUGGCCGAACAUUGCCGUUAUAGAGCUGAGCCUUUUGGCAUAACUGAACUUGGUGAACUGCGUGCAUUAAUAAAGGAUAUCGUUAGAAUGUUUUCGAGUGAUGCUAAGCAUUUACGUAAACGCAAUGAGUAUGAAACGCAAAAAAAUUGUAAAAAUUGUAAUUUGAAACCAAAAAGGAUAUCAUUCAAGAGUUCGAGGUUUAUGAAACGACAACACAACUGUAAUGAUAACGAAUGUGAUUUACCACUGCUUAAUCCUGAUAAAAGGAAUGAAGAAUAA